CUUCACACUGCAGAACGUCCUGUUUUUCCAGCCGUUGUAUCAAAUACAACACGAACUCUGACAGUACGCGAUUUCUGACGCAGGGUCUGUUUCAGAAUUACUGUAGAUCAAUAUUAGAGGCCAAUAAGAUCACAGCUGCAGCCCUGAUGGAAGUCAAUAAAGUGAAGGAGAAACAUUAUCAUCACUCACACACUGAAGAGAAGAGAAGAGGAGAUGAAAAAUCUGCAACCUGCCCUGUAUAUGCAAAGAGUUCCACAUGUAAAGAAUCCUUUUCGAGACACAAAAGAGUUCACACUGGAGAGAAACUGCACACAUGUCAUCAGUGUGGAAAGAGUUUUACAAUUAAAGCAAAACUUCGGAAUCACAUGAGAAUCCACACAGGAGAGAAACCGUACACAUGUAAUCAGUGUGGAAAGAGUUUCAUACGAAAAGAACAUCUUAUGAGGCACAUGAGAAUUCACACUGGAGAGAAGCCGUACACAUGUGAUCAGUGUGGAAAGAGUUUCAAUGAUAAAGCAAACUUAAAGAGUCACAUGAAGGUUCACACUGGAGAGAAGCCACACACUUGCCAUCAGUGCGGAAAGAGUUUUGCACAUCUGAACGAUUUAAAAAAGCACCAGAAUAUACACAGCGGUGUGAAAAAUUAUGUGUGCUUUGAGUGUGUGAAGACUUUUACUACAGUCGGCGAAUUGAAACAGCACCAAAAAAGUCACACAGGAGAAAAACCUUACAAGUGUUCAAACUGUGACAAGAGAUUCACUCGGUUAGAAUCCCUUAAAGCACAUAAGAGAAUCUACACUGGAGAAAAACCAUACAAGUGUUCACACUGUGACAAAAGAUUCACUCAGAGAAGGUCCCUGAAAUUACAUGAGAGAAUUCACACUGGAGAGAAACCUUUCAAGUGUUCACACUGUGACAAGAGAUUUACUCAGUCAUCAAGUCUGAAAACACAUGAGAGGAUCCACACUGGAGAGAAGCCACACCACUGCGCUUCAUGUGGGAGGAGUUUCAUCCAAAUUAGUCAUCUAAUGGGUCAUAUGAAAAGGUGUCAUCCAAGCCUUUGUUGUGAAUCAUGGGGGAAGAGUUCAUGAUUACAUCAUGACUACAAUUAUAUGCUUGUGAUCUCACACUGGAUCCAGACGCAGUAAACGCUCAUCUUGUUCUGUCUGAGGAGAACAGAAAGGUGACACGUGUUGAAGGGCGUCCUGAUCAUCCAGAGAGAUUUGAUGUGUAUCCUCAGGUUAUGUGUUGAGAGACUGUCUGGACGCUGUAACUGGGAGAUUGAAUACAGUUGACGUGAUGUUUAUAUUAGUGGUCAGCUGAUAUAUUGCAGAGGCCGAUAUUCAGAUGUUUUUAAUUAUCGCAUCGACUGAUACAUUUUCCCAUUUGGCCGAUUUAUUUCUUGAGGGCGCUGAGAAUCGGCUGCUUGCAUGUGAAGACUGAGACAUGUAAACGACCAGUCACAGUUAGUUUUGUUGUUACGUGCAUCGUGUUACUAAAAUAACAGACCGGUGUUCAACACAGCGUCAUUUAAAUGGUCCACAUAUCAGAGCCAUGUCAGACACGUUUGAACUCAUAAUGUUAAAGUGCUCACCUGUUUAGUUCUCUCUCCUCAACAGUUCCACGUAACUUUUAAUUGUCUUAUUAAAUGAUAAAAAGGCAAAUAUCAAUAAAAGUGUCAUAUACCGUCUGCAAAUAUGCCAUUAUCUUGUUUAAACAAAUGUAAUAAACCAACCUCACACAACUUCAGCAGAUCCAGCAUCCUGUUGAGUGCUCAUAUUUCUUCCUCAACAGUUCCCUGUAACGUUUAACUUUUCUAAUGAUAAAAGACAAAUAUCAAUAAAACUUGUAUUAUAUACCAUAUGCAGAUAUCUCGUUUAAACAGAUGUAAUUCAUGGACGUCACGAAAGUCCAGUGUUUUCUUCCCAUUGAGCGUUCAUUUAAUAUCUUCCAUUUAAUAUUAAGCAUGUAUUUUAUCAGCCAGAAUAAAAACUUCAGCAUCAAAAGUUCCUCUUCACAAAUCAUGACGGUCACUCUGUGACAAUCCAAGCAGGUGAUCCAGGUCAUUUAAACUGUCAGGAGAUUGCUGCUCAUCUGCAUGGGCAUGUGAGAGCAUCUUCAAAGUAAAAGUGCUUCACGUGCGCUAUAAGUAAACGUCUUAUUCAAUAUGCACUGUGUGUACAAUUGGUUUGAUUUGGUAUUUGAGUAAAUGCAAUAGCUAACGUGGACAUGCCAUCCAUGGUUGCUGGACUACUGCGAGUACUGUUAUUUCCUUAAUAUAUUUACAAUUUCUUCAUGUACAAAUUAAGUUUGAUGACUAAACAGAAAUCAGAAGAAACUGCUAUCUACCAUUUUAAAAUACAAUAUUAUUUUAGAUUUUAGAUUAUUAUAAGUUAGUAUAAGAGUAAAUAUAGUGCUAAAUAAGAUUUAAUAAUAGUUUUUUUUUUUUUUGCAAUUUUAUGUUUUUAUUAGUUCAUCCAUCCAUCCAUCCAUCGUCAACCGCUUAUCCUGUGUACAGGGUCGCGGGGGGCUGGAGCCUAUCUUAGCUAACAUUGGGCGAAAGGCGGGGGACACCCUGGACAGGUCGCCAGUCCAUCGCAGGUUUUUCAUGCUGUUUUUAUUAGUUACUAUAUUAAAUUGUUUGAUAUUGGAUAUCAGCAUCAGCCAUUAAAAAACACAUAUCGGUCCACCACUAGUAGGACAGAAUCACAAUUUGUUCUGCCGUUAACUAUUUAGAGACUGCAGGAAUUGCUUUCUAUUUAUGUUUGUCAUGCUGUCAUUAUUCUGAUGUGGUUUAGUAAAACACAAGCAAAACUAUUUUCUGUUUUUCUAAGUUAUGUCUGCGUAAUAUGUCUGGGAGUCUCUGUGAAUUUUCAGCUAUUUUUCCAUGUGUUUUUUUUUGUACAAUUGCUUUAUUUGUGAUGUACAAUAUCAAAAAUCAACCUUUUAUUUUUCUGAUAUAUCUUAGAAACACCAUCUUUAAAAUGGCAUAUCAUAACAAUAUAAACUGUCUGGUCACUUCACAUGUCAGUUCUUGGAUAGAAUAAGCUGCAAUCUUGUGCCGCUGAAGGCGAUAUGUGAGAGUUUGUGGAAACCCAAUAAUGUGUUCGUCGGGACACUUCAGCAGUGAGCGACUUCCAGUGUCUUUACAAAUAUUUAUUUUCUGUCAAUUACAGUAUGUUGUGUUGGGACCUACUUUCAUUGUAUUUUCAACUUUUGUUUGCUUCAUUAUUUUGUGUCAAUGUAAGAGAUUCAUUCACUUUUCUGAAUCAACUGGAGUAAUUCAUGUUAUCUACUCUGAUAGCAUGGCUCUAAUUAUUUAUUUGUAGUUGUGUUAAUCUACAGUCAGCUAGUCAUUAUAAUAAAUUGUUAAUUACAAAAUGAUAUAUCAGUAUCAAUAUGCAGGCAAUUCAAAGCUUAAGCAAUGAAAUUCUUCACUCAUUCUUCACUAAGUAGUUCAUAUGCGAUUAUCUCAUAGACCAUCGGUUUAUAAUGUAUAAUCAGACACAUGAUUUUCAAUUUAAAACUACAUUUCAUUCAUUAACAAGUGAUAAACAUUACAUCUAUGAAAAAUUAUGACAACUGUGGAAAAUGAUAUGGUAUGAUGCACAUUUUUAGUAACCUGAAUUUUACACGGGGUACAUCUGAUGGAAUAAAAAUAAAAGUACAUACAGGUCACAUGACAUACAGUGAAAUAAAAUAAGUACAUGGUAAAAUAUCAGUAAAAUUAACCUUAAAAUAAGAAAAUAUAUAGUAAACCCAUAUAAGCCAUUAUUAUAGCAUUAAUACUGUAUAAUAUAAAUGUUAUAACCUAUACUGAAGAUCACUACAAACAAAUAACAACAGUCACAUAUUAAACAUUAAUGUGUGCGAGAGAGCAGACCAGAGGAGGUGAGAGCUUCAAAAUUCACUUUGGCUGCCCUGCCAACAAUGCUAUCGAAGAUUCUUGGACACUCUAACGUAGUUGAAAUAGGCAGCAACGUUCGUUCGGAAUGCUUGGUUUUGUGAACUAUAUUUAAAGGGGCCGCAAAACAUCCAGACAUGUCGACCGGUAUCUUUUUGCCGACCUAUCACAAGUAGCCUAUAUACUCAUGAAAUCUUUAAAAUGUGAAAGAAAUGUAUCGAUGGCAGAAAGUAUUUCAAAUUAUGGUUGUUUGUUACCAAAAUAAACAAAAUAAUAUAUAUGGAUCCCUGUAAACAAACAGGGACAUAUAGUAUAUUACGGGUAAACCCUCCACGUCAAUAAUUAGUUUCGCCUUUCUUCUUCUGACACUCACUCGACGUUGUGUCAUUACAAUCGACACAAGGGGCUUCUUUCGACCUCUGAAUAUGAAAAAGGCCAAUGCCAAAUUGGCAAACAGAAUUUGCAUGUCCCGCCCCCGGACAUACGGGUAUAAAAGAUUUUAAAAGACGCAUCUUUUUCAAGAUGCCUUUCCGCCUUUGUGUAGUUCCUGGAUGCGGUAGAUAUCUCUCCGCUUCUGAAGGUUAUAUAUGCUGCCUCACGUGCAUGGGCUGCGAUCAUACUGAGGCAGCGUUUAUGAAUGGUUCACGCCUUCUUCCCAUGGGAUUGAGGCCGACUUGGCUGACGAUGGAGGCAAUUUGGGGAGUUUGACCGGUUCGGCUCACUACCACUAACACUACCUGCUCCCCACUGCUGUGAAGCCCACAAAGUACGUCAAACAUGAUCGUCCCAUUAGUGCCCCUCGUGCAAACGCAUGGUUUAUGCUUUCCAACCCGUCGCGCUGGCUGGCCAGGACCAUCCGACACAGCUACGCGUUUCAGUUUGCCAGGCGUCCGCCCCGUUUCAGCGACAUCCGCAGACAAAACCUGACGGAACAGAUGCACAAUCCCCGCCUGUUAUAUCCAUAUGUCUGGAGGCGGAACAUGCAAAUUCUGUUAGCCAAUUUGGCAUUGGCCUUUUCCAUAUUCAGAGGAAUCCAAGGCUCUCGAAAGAAGCCCCUUGUUUCACUACAAUCGACACAACAUCUCAUUCCCUCCAUCAGGGAAUGGGGGUUACACUAGUAACCUAGACGUUUGGUGGGAACCAAAGUUUACGCUGUUGUGUUCUCUAGACUUCACUAGAGCGGAGCACUUCUAUAUUCCAAUAGGUUGCCGCCGAACCGCAUCAAAGCUCAUUACCAUCAUGUUGCCCGCACUUGAACUUUCCUUUGACGCCCACAAUGGCCAAUACACGUCGGCCAUGGACCCACCACUUCUCGCCGCCAAGAGACUCUGUCUACCAUAGAAAAUUAAUGACUUCCGGUCAUUUUGACGCUCUUGACGCCUCUGGUCUGAAUGCACCAUUAAGCUCUUAUAAGUUCGGUAAAAACACAUCGAUGCCUUCCAUCAAGCAAACUCUCAGUCCUAAAGCGAUGCUGGCCCUAUCACUAAAGACACCUUUAUAAUGCUUGUUCGUAGUCAUUAAAACUUCAAGAUCUAUGUCACUGAAAUAUGGCACGCAUUUCUUCUUAGCGUCUGUUUCCAUUGUGACUCAUGGAUUGGGCGCUCUGCUGAAAAUGCCUUUCUGAGUUCACUGUGAAUGUGCACAGAAUUUCAAACUCAGGUUUGAGUAAACUAACUAAAAUCUGGUAUUCUGGAAUCAAUUCUCAGAUUAAUCAACUAAAAGUUUAGGGUUUGUCAGAGUUGGUUAACUCAGCUUUCUGAUAUGAUGACAGGUGGAUCAUCAGUACUUUUGAAAAAGAGUUUGAAUGGGAUUUAAUUCUGAAUACAUUUAGAACAAUUGUAUUUGUUUUCACUAUAUAACCCAGCUCUACAUCCUACUACCCUUUUACAUAGAAGGACAGCUAAUUCACUACAGGUAAAUGCAAUGUAGCAAAUGAGCCUUUAUGUAAACAUUUCUUUCAAAAGAGCAGUUCUAUUAUUUUAAUUUCUCUAAAUUUCAUACCAAUGACAUACAAUUUCCUGCAGUUUGCUCACUACAAAAACUCUUGACAAUGCCCAUUUCUAUGAUUCCUUAAAGACCUUAAUUGACAGAAACGUAUCCCACAUGAAGUGCAGUGGUAUGGCUUCUCUCCAGUAUGCACUCUCUCGUGUCGUUUUAAGUUGUGUGACAAACUGAAACUCUUUCCACAUUGACUGCAUGUCUAAGGCUUCACUCCAGUGUGAAUUCUCGUGGGAACUUCAAGGGUUCUUUUGAGCAGAAAACACUGUCCACACUGAGGGCAUGUGUAAUGUUUUUCUCCACUGUGAAUUAUUGUGUGUCUCUUAAGAUUUACUUUCUGUGUGAAACGAGUUUUGGCUAGAGUUCUGUUUGCUGAAGAAUUUUUCCCAGUCUGUGAGCAAAUAAAAGAUUCUUCUCCAGUUCUGAUCAGGAUUCUGAUGUUCCUCAAUUUCAUUCAGUUCUUGACUUUCUUCUUUCUCUUCUAUCAGUUCUUGAUUUUCUUUUUUCAGUUCUUGACAUUCUUCUUUCUCUUCUAUCAUUUCAUGAUUUUCUUUUUUCAGUUCUUGACUUUCUUC